UUUAUGCCUCCGGCCUCGUCCAAUCAUGUGACUUCGGAAUUCCGUUCCAGCAAAAGGAUUGCAGUCAUUUUCCAUAAACUUUCCCCGAUAACGCCUUUAAAUUACACUUCCAUGCACCACUAGAUGGGGCGUGAUUCCGUCCCUCAGACUAAAAGCGGCUUUGUUUUGAACAUAUUUUUCAAGGAGCCCGAGUGGAAUAUUUAACAUAACCCACUGAGCACAAUAUGCAUAACAGCAUAAAAGGCACAUUGCCGUACCUUUGACCCGCCGUAUGUCCUGCUAAAGUGCUGUGGAUUUGGAGGCUUACGGGACUUUUACGGACAUUUGUCUUUAAUGCUCUGCAGUAGUUGUCUCCUCCUCCAAGUGCAAAUAUGGACGCACCGACGGAGGUUUUCCCGACCUGAGCACCAGUAUAGGGACGAGUGCGGUGUGAUCGAGCCGAGCAGCUCGUUUCGGGCUUGAGAUGGUGACGUUUGGAGGCAGAGGCCAUGGGGAGCUCGUGUGUCUGCCGGAGGAAGGCGGAUCGCCGAGCCAGGCGUGUGGCUGAAGUUUAGAGGGAAACAAAGUUACCGUAGCGAGAGAUAAGCGGCAUCGGGAGCUGCGACGAGUAAAAUGUGACUCUGCGUCUUUGCUUCGCCGACUCGUGCUUUUUCCAGCGAUCGGAAUAUUAAAGCAUUUCGUGUAUUGGUUUUAUGUCGGUAACUAGUUGUUUUAACUUGGGAGGAGUAAAUGAGUAAGCUGUAAGAGGCUGGUUUGUUGGCUUUUUGACCCUACUUGUCUUCAGCGUACAAUGUUUUCUAUCAGACCUUUGAAACCAACCUUAAAGUCAUGCGCCCCCCCUUUACAGCCCGAGAUGAAGAAAACCCCGCAGCUGACCAUCAGGAAACUGGAAGCCAAGUUACUCCCAGGCGAGAUCGUGGUGAGUGAGGUGAACUUCGUAAGGAAGUGUAUGGGGACUGGCUGCAGCCGGGAUGACCUGUGGGGGAAGCUGAUAUGCACCAAUUUCAAGGUUUCCUUCGUGAGCCACGAGCCGCUGGACCAGCAGGUGUUUCAGUACCGGAACCGCCUACUGGGUGACCAUGACGUGCCUCUGGCGUGUGUGGAGCAGCUGGUUACAGUGAAUGAAGCGAAGGGGAAGCAGAAGAUCCUGUUAUCCAAUCGGAAGCUGAAGUUCAGCCCUACCGAGCUGGUCCUCUACUGCAAGGACCUGCGUGUCCUGCGGUUCCGCUUCGAUGAGGCCGGCCCCGAAAGCAGCAGGAAGGUGUGCCUAGCCAUCGCCCACUACGCCCAGCCCACGGAUGCCCGGUUGCUCUUUGGCUUUGAGUACGUGGGGAAGCUGUACCGCCCUCCUGCAGGUGAGCACGGGGGGCGGCUGCACACCCCACUCUUCGCCUGCCCCUCCGACUGGGACCGGGAGAUCAAGCGCACUGGAGCGACCGAGUGGAGGGUGUGCUCUGUCAACGAGGGCUACGCCAUCUCUCCCAGCCUCCCAGAGCACUUUGUGGUUCCCGCAUCGCUGGCAGAUCAGGACCUUAAGCAGCUGUCCUGCUCCUUCGUGGGCCAGCGUCUCCCACUGUGGUGCUGGAACCACCUGAACGGCAGCGCCCUUGUGCGCACAGCCGGCAUCAGGGACGUGGCAGAGCAGAGGAAGCUGGAGCAGAGGGUCUGCAACGCUGUCACUAAGAGCCACCCGAAACGCAGCAGUGCGCACAAGGUCCACCUGGACAGGAGCCUGCCCAGCAUCCGGGACGUUCGGGCCUCCUUUGUCAGACUGAGGCAGCUCUGCGCAAUCGGGCCCUACCAGGAGUCUGAGGACAAGUGGCUGUCGUCUGUAGAGAGCACUGGAUGGUUGGACAAUAUCAGUGCCUUCCUGCAACAGUCAGUAGAGGUGGUGUACAUGCUGGAGGGGAGACACAUGUCCGUCAUCCUGCAAGAGGAGGAGGAUCGGGAUCUGAGCUGCGUGGUCUCCUGCCUGGUCCAGAUGAUGCUGGACCCCCACUUCCGCAGCUUGGUGGGCUUCCAGAGCCUGGUGCAGAAGGAGUGGGUGAUGGGGGGCCACCGCUUCCUGGACCGAUGCAACCACCUGAAGAGGAGCGACGGAGAGGAGUCUCCCAUGUUCCUCCUCUUCCUGGACUGCGUGUGGCAGCUGAUUCGCCAACACCCCGCCGCCUUCGAAUUCACGGAGAUCUACCUGGCUGUGCUGUGUGACAGCAUGUGGAUUCCCAUCUUCAGCACCUUCCUCUUCAACUGCCCCCGGCAGUGGGCGGAGUAUAGCCAAGAUUUCGCCCAGGGCGGGCAGCUGGGAGAGGACAGGGCAGUCCGCUUCCCCCCAGUGUGGGACUGGUCACAGCAGUUCAGCCUGAGGGACCAGACUUUGUUUAACAGCCCCAUGUAUGUGGGCAAGGGUGUGGCUGCACGUGUGCAGAAUGGGGGGGUGAGGACUUUCAGACGCGCCAAGCCGAAGAUCUACAGCUCCACGGUACGGGGGACAGCGUCUCUGCAGAAUGGCACGCUAGGGGCGCACGCCACCCUCCCGCGGCGGAACUCCCUGGUGCUGAGGCUGCUCCCUGGCUCAGAGGCACCCGCGCAGCCCGACAGCCCGGAUAGCCCCUUGCAGUGCUUCAUCCGGGACUGGCUAUCGCGGCCUGCCGACCCCCACGGACUGCUGCUGCCUGAGCUGCUGCCCUCACACCUGCAGCUGUGGAGGUUCUACUUCCUGCGCUGGGUUCCCGAGGCCCGCAUCGCCCGAGGUGGCCCUAUCACAGCCCUCCACAGACUAUCCCUAUUGGUCGACGAGAUCGAGACUCUGCAGGCCAGGCUGCGGCAGUACGGGGGCGCCACCACUCCCCCCGGACUCCCCCCUGGCAGUCCCAACCCGGGACUCACCCAUAGGAUGCCAUCGGAGCAAACCAAGAUGUACUUCAAGACAGGGCCCCUGGCCGGUCCCCCCCAGCAGCCUGAAUAUCUAAGCUCCUCAUUUCCCUUCUCCCCAGCGGGGAACCUGAGCCGGCCCAGCGCGCUGGGAACCCCACUCAGCAAGCUUCUCAGCGGGGCUGGGCUCUAGAGCGCCAUCAACUGGACAACUUGAAUCACUGCACUGGCUCAUGGUGCGCCUGUAGACCUUGCAGGUUCUGGCGGCGAAGGAGGACUGAGGAGGAGUCAAGGUGAAGGGCAGAAUUGUUUCUCCUAGCUGUGCUGCUGUUCUUUGCUGGUGGUGUUUGCACAAGUAGCUGAAAUCGCACAUUUUUUUACUUACUGCACACUUUCCCCUCACAGUUGCCAGGUUUCUGUUGGUAAUUAGACUUUCUCUUAUAUUGUUUUUGACCUGUAUCGAUGGGUCAGUUCUGGGCUCAUGAAAUGCAGCAUAUUUUGAAAGAAAUUGAAUCCCAGGGUAGCAAAACUCGGAGGGUGUGCUGUGUGGGUCACAACACUGGGCUUGUGACUAGAAGGUUGCCGGUUCGAAUCCCUGUACUGUCAUUACUCUUUCGUGUCCUUGAGUAGGAUCUUUUUAACCCCCAGUUGCUCCAGGGAUCUUGUUUUCUCAAACGUGUCGCGUUGUGCAAAAGCAUCUGCUGAGUAAUUAAGAUGUAAAUCUAACUCUUACGUUGGUACUUAGUGUUACCUAGGAGACCCUUAGUUUUCCGCAUAGGCCCAGAUUUAUCCAGCUCUUACGCCUGUAUGACAGGAGACCUUGGCUGUUGGCCUGGGCGGAGCUGAGAUGUCAUGCAGACCUGCCCAGGCUGCUGCUGAACCUGAACGUGACCACUUCCUAUCUGAAAGCCGCGCUGCCCAGGAUGUGGCCAGUCGGCUGCCCCCCCCGUGGGGUCCCCUUCCAGGCUGCGGGGGUGGUUUGCCCGUAGUUCACACCUGGAAGCCUUGGAUUGGGUUUUGUUGUCUUUCCCCUUGUCCACACCCUCACUAGUAUUAAACCCAAGGGCGUUUGUCCAUCACUUCUCAUCUUUGAAGGUUCACUGGUGGUGUUGGUCUUAAACUGUUUUGAGUAACUAAUGGUUCUGCUGCUUUUAUUGACAAGUUUAUCAUGACUUUACCUUAACUUUCUAACCUCUGUGUGGAAUAAUUUGAGCCAGCUAUCUGUUGGAUGUGUUCUAGAUGAUGACACUGACUGUUCUAAGACAGUGAGAUGGAUGCUUUGGACAGAAAGCAGCAGUCCAGUGACCGGCACUGCAAAAUAAUCCUGUCUGUUCGCUCAGGGCCCCGGCCCUUGGUGGAUGGGGCCACCCUAUCUGGGCCAGUGCUGGGGGGGGGGGGGGGGUGUCUGAAGUUGUUAUGGAGACGGUUUUUCCAGUUUGUUUCUGUGGCCACCAUGUAUGGAUCCCGUCUAAUAUUUAAUACGAUGCUCUGAUGUGAAAUAAAAACGUUUUUAACAUUAA